AUGCAAAACGUCAAAGGUUCUUCUAACCGUUCAAAUGCGUCAUUAGCCAUUCCUGAAAUGGGAACUAACGUUAAGGGAAUAGCUCAACUUAUUCCUAUCGCCAUAAUCAUCAUCAUCGCAAAUACGUUGGUUUUGGUCGCGUUUCGUGAGGCGAAAAAGUCACGUGCACUUGCUAACUACAUUCUCAUAAGCUUGGCGAUUACCGACUUGAUGACUGGUAUCGUGAACAUUCCAAUGUUCAUGAUAGUAUCUUUCACUUCAAUUAUUUCUUCAAGCACAGUACGUUUCUACUUGGGCUUCUUAGUUACCGUGGUUCACACUACCUCAGCAGUUUUGUCUGUAUACCACAUUCUGUUUGCCACUUUUGAAAAAUAUCUCGCGAUCAUCUGGCCAAUUACUCAUCUUCUUACUGCAAGAGCCACUAUAAGAAGAACACUGUUGGCAAUUUGGCUCCUUUCGAUUGCCAUUGGCUUAGUUCCUUUUUCUUGGAGUGACAAAAUCUUUUCUCCUUCAGGUGCGAAGUGUUCCUUUCAUUACGUGAUCGGCUGUUUUAUUGCAGUUUUUAUUUUGCCUUACACCUUUAUGAUAUACGCUUUUGUGAAGAUUUUUAGUGUCAUCUCAAGACGCAUAAGGAUUAGAAAGAUGCAAGGCCUACGACGCAAAAGGAAACUUAUACAAGAAAGGAAAUGCGUUGCUAUUUUUGUCAUCAUGGCAACACUGUUUGCCAUAUGUUGGUUUCCAUGGUUUUCUAUCAUGCUUCUUUUCACUCUUGAUGAUAAAUCACAAUCCCUUUACACGCUUUCGCACGUCUUUACUUUAGUGAGGUAUACAACUUCUAUUGUCAAUCCGUUCUUAUAUAGUUUUUUACGGCCAAAUUUUUAUGGAGCGUUAAAAAAGCAGUUAAAGAAG